AUGGGGCUCAAAGUGGCGCCUCAAAAAACCGAGGCCAUCUUUUUGCACGAUGGCUCUCGUGGGGCGCCACCAAAAACCCACAUCUGCGUGGAGGACACCUCGAUAGAGGUGGGGGCCUGCCUAAAGUACCUGGGCCUCCACCUCGACAGUAAGUGGGCCUUUCGGGAACACUUCCGCCGUAUUUCCCCCAGAGUAAAAAAGACAGCGAUGGCGCUGCAGCGCCUGCUGCCCAACCUUGGGGGACCCGGCGGGAGUGUCCGAAAGCUGUACGCCGGAACCGUCCAUGCCAUGCUCCUGUACGGGGCACCGGUAUGGGUAAAAUGCCUGGAGGCCACCCGCGGCCCAAGAGAUGCCUUGAGGCAGCUACAAAAGCGGGUGGCCAAUAGGAUAUGCCGGGGCUACCGUACAGUGAGCUGGGUAGCCGUGGGGGUACUCUCCGGAGUGCCCCCUGUGGAGAUGCUCGCCCGCAUGUACACAGAUGUGUACACGCGUACACGCGAAUACCAGCGGGCGGGCAUCAUAGUAACAGACGGAGUCCGGCGUGCAGUGAGGGUCCACUCCCGACGGGCGCUGAUCCAGAAAUGGAGGAACAGCCUCGAAGAUCCGAGGCUGCCAGGACAGCGCACCGUCGGGGCUAUACGACCCUGUCUAGAGAACUGGCUAAACAGGGUCAAAGGAGGGGUGUCCUUCCACACGACGCAGGUACUCACCGGACAUGGUUGCUUUGAUAAAGGCGGUUUUCGGCUGCGGAAGUGGGUAAGCAAUUGUACCGAUUUAGUAGCUGAUAUCGACCCGUCGGAUCACGGUCUCGCUCAGCAAAAAUUAUUAACCGGAGACGAGCAACUUAAAGUUCUCGGAAUAGCAUGGAAUCCUACGCCGGACGUGUUUUAUUUCCACGUGUCUCUCGGCCAGAGCCUCGAUAAGACAAAACGCUCGAUUCUAUUGACAAUCGCCAAACUGUUCGAUCCGUUAGGCUGGGUGGCACUCGUCAUUAUCACUGCCAAAAUAUUUAUGCAGCAAUUGUGGCUGCUUAAAUGCCAAUGGAACGACGAGAUACCAGCCGAUUACCUCUCGCAGUGGCGACAUUAUCAUGAGAGACUCCAGUCUCUCAACCGUCUGGAAAUUCCUCGCUGGACGGCGCAUGGAGCUAACACGAUACAUCGCGAACUGCACGGCUUUUCGGACGCUUUGACUAAAGCGUACGCCGCGUCGGUCUAUCUUCGCACACUUUCCGCCGACGGGUCCGUCACUAUUACGCUUCUCAUGGCAAAAGCGAAAGUAGCUCCGCUAAAAACCAUAAGCGUGCCGCGCCUCGAACUAUCAGCCGCGCUAUUGCUCGCUCGACUGCUAAAAUUCGUGCAAUUGACGCUUAAUUUUGCCAAUGUUGAUUGUGUUUGUUGGACAGAUUCAACAAUCACUUUGACGUGGAUUAGUCAAUCUCCAGCACGCUGGAAAACUUUUGUCGCGAAUCGCGUCUCCGCAGUUCAAUCAUUACUGCCCUGUGCAAAGUGGCGGUAUGUCCCGACCGAAGCUAACCCUGCCGAUUGUGCGUCUCGCGGCUUAGCACCCGAUGAAAUCGAACAGCAUCCGCUAUGGUGGACCGGGCCAUCUUGGCUCUCACAAUCGCCUGAUCAUUGGCCUUCCAUGCCGUCCUCCCUCAAUCAUGCCGAUACAUCCGUCGAGGAGCGUAAUCUUCAAUCAAUUUGUAUCGCCGGUGUCGUGGAACAGUGGGAUCUCGCGACUCGCUUUUCGUCCUGGCACACCCUCGUGCGCGUUACUGCUUACGUGCUCCGUUUUGUUAAAGCAGCGCGGCAGCCUAAUCGCUUAUUGCAACGCGACAACCCUUUAUCGGUCGUUCUCGACGCAGACGAAAUCCGAGCCGCGAAGCAGUAUUGGAUCAAAACAUUACAAGCCGAAAUGUUCCCGGAACAGGCAACGCGCUUAACUAAUCAACGCCCAGUAUCAAAAUCCAGCUCUCUUUCCGGACUCAAUUCAUAUGUCGAUGCCACCGGAAUUAUUCGAGUCGGUGGUCGAUUGCGGCAUUCCAGCUUUCCCGAAACAAGAAAACACCCAAUCAUUUUCCGGUCCCAUCCCGUCCUAUCGUUUAUAAUCGAUCACCAUCACGUGCGAACAAUGCACGGGGGUCCUCAACUAACGCUCGCGUCCCUGCGGCAACAGUACUGGAUCCUGCGUGCUCGCACGACAGUCCGCGCGGUACUCUACCGAUGUGUUCGCUGUGCUCGCGAAGCCGCUAAAAUACCAAACGAACUCAUGGGGGAUUUACCGGAACCACGUGUCAAUUGCGUCCCUCGCGCCUUCAUUAAUAGCGGCGUCGAUUACGUGGGUCCGAUCGCCUUACGAACUAACCCCGGCCGCGGGCAUAAAUCUCACAAGACAUAUAUCGCGCUUUUCAUCUGCCUAACGACCAAAGCGAUACACCUAGAACUUGUAAGCGAUUACUCCUCGGCGACAUUUCGCGCGGCCUACCAUCGCUUCAUUUUGCGACGCGGUUUGCCAAAACACAUGUACUCGGAUAAUGGUACAACAUUCCAAGGCGCCGAACGCGAGAUGUCAGAGGCGUAUUCGCAGGCCAUACGUGAUCCAAACUUUCUAAACCGAUUAAGUAGCGACAAUACCUCGUGGCAUUUCUUGCCUCCCGCUGCCCCGCACUUCGGCGGGCUUUGGGAAGCCGCGGUGAAGAGCGUUAAAUAUCAUCUAACACGAUGCGUGGGAAAUCAUACUCUGACGUAUGAGGAGUUAACCACAGUGCUUUGUCGCAUUGAAGCGUGCCUGAAUUCUCGCCCGAUCGCCGCUUCGUCUGAUAAUCUGGACGAUUAUACCGCCUUAACGCCAAGGCACUUUUUGAUCGGGACACCUCUUAUAGCGCUACCUGAGCCGAACGUACUCGAAUUAAACGAACAGCAACUGUCCCGAUGGCAGUUAACCCAGCGCAUCGCCGAAGGUUUUUGGAAGUGUUGGCAGAAUGAUUACUUGCAGACCCUUCAACAACGCCCGAAGUGGCGAAUCGCGCAGAGGUUGGCCCGCGUAGGCCAAAUCGUAUUAAUCAGAAAUCCAUUGGCUCCACCGUGUCAAUGGGAGCUCGGGCGUAUUCGCGAAUGUCAUCCCGGCGCCGACGGCUUGACGCGCGUCGUGACGGUUCAAACUAGUCGCUCCGAAUACAAACGACCACUCACAAAAAUCUGCUUUUUACCGGUACCCAUUAAUGAGGAAAGCGAUAAACAUUCCGUCACGGCGGGCGGCACCAUUAACGCUACAACGAAGCAUGUUCGGCUAUAA